UCUAUCGUGCACAUGUCUACAUCAACAGGCGGAUAACCCGUAUUUGGUUACACCGGACUCAGACUUGAGGGGUAUUUUUCCCAUCACAUAGGCCUACGGGUUGUCGUUUCUACUGCGCUCGGUGCACUAGUGUAGGCAAAACAUGUCUCACAAAGCUUGUUACACCAACCCAGGAGCAGGGGUUAAGCGACCCCGUAACGACACAGGGAACAAGUUGACAGUUGUACUUGGUGCACAAUGGGGCGAUGAAGGGAAGGGAAAAGUGGUCGACUUGUUGGCGACAGAGUCGGACAUCAUUUGCAGAUGCCAGGGCGGUAACAACGCAGGUCACACGGUGGUGGUGGAUGGGAAGGAAUAUGACUUCCACCUCCUACCCAGCGGGAUCAUCAACUCCAAAGCUCUUUCCGUGAUCGGCAAUGGUGUGGUCAUUCAUCUGCCAGGCUUGUUUGAAGAAGCUGAAAAAAAUGAAAAGAAAGGCCUUAAAGACUGGGAGAAGAGACUGAUCAUCUCAGACAGGGCCCACAUUGUGUUUGACUUCCACCAGGCAGUUGACGGGCUCCAGGAGGUACAGAGACAAGCACAGGAAGGGAAAAAUAUUGGAACCACAAAGAAAGGCAUCGGACCAACCUACUCGAGCAAAGCAUCACGUACGGGGCUGCGUAUCUGUGACCUUCUAGCUGAUUUCAAAGACUUUUCUAUGAGGUUCAAGAACCUUGCCCAGCAGUACCAGGCCAUGUUCCCCACACUGGAGGUAGAUGUUGACGGUCAACUGAAGAAAUUAAAGGAGUAUGCUGAGCGGAUUAGACCCAUGGUGCGAGACGGUGUCUAUUUCAUGUACGAUGCUAUUAAUGGACCCCCUAAGAAGAUUCUGGUGGAGGGCGCGAACGCUGCCCUGCUUGACAUUGACUUUGGAACCUACCCAUUUGUGACAUCAUCAAACUGUACCGUGGGUGGUGUAUGUACCGGACUGGGCAUCCCCCCUCUGAACAUUGGUGAUGUGUAUGGGGUGGUGAAGGCCUACACCACUAGAGUGGGCAUCGGGGCGUUCCCUACAGAACAACUCAAUGAGGUUGGAGAGCUGCUGCAGACGCGGGGCCAUGAGGUGGGCGUGACCACAGGGAGGAAGAGACGCUGUGGUUGGCUGGAUCUGGUCAUCCUGCGUUACGCCAACAUGAUCAACGGCUUCACUGCGUUUGCAUUAACCAAACUUGAUAUCCUUGAUGUGAUGGAUGAAAUCAAAGUGGGAGUGUCUUAUAAGCUCAAUGGCAAAAAGAUUCCCUAUUUCCCAGCUAACAUGGACAUCUUGCAGAAAGUGGAAGUGGAGUACGAGAAACUGCCUGGCUGGAAGAGUGACACCUCAGCCUGUAGGAAGUGGGAAGAUCUGCCUGUCAAAGCCCAGAACUACAUCCGCUUUGUGGAGAUCCACGUUGGCGUACCCAUCAAAUGGGUUGGAGUGGGCAAGGCCAGGGAGUCUAUGAUCCAGAUGUUCUAGGACACAAGACCUUCCUCCAUCCUUCCUCUCUCCAUGAAGGCACUUCAGUUAAGAACCAAUUCUUAUUUAUAAUGACGGCCUACCAAGAGGCAGGGACGUGGGCUGGGAGAAAUAAAAAGUUGGACGAAAGACACAUCACAACAAGAGAGACACCACAACACAUAAAGAUACUUAUAUACAUAACAAUAAUAAUAAAGAUACAUAAGAUACAAUACAUAAAGAGAGACCUAAGACAACAACACAGUAUGGCAGCAACACAACACAGCAUGGUAGCAACACAACAUGACAACAACACGGAAGCGGCACAACAUGGCAGCAGCACAACAUGGAGGCAGCACAAACAUGGUGCAAACAUCGUUGGGCACAGACAACAGCACAACGGGCCAGAAGGUAGAGACAACAAUACAUCAUGUGAAGCAGCCACAAGUGUCAGUAAGCUUGUCCAUGAUUGAGUCUUCGAAUGUAGAGAUGUUGUGGUCUAGGUGUAAAUGAUGUGUCCUGUAUCAUGUUGUCCACAUUUUGUUGAAAGCACAUUUUUUUUUGCUUCUGUGACACAUUUGAUGAUAUAAACAUAGCCUGGUUCCUCUCUAGGUUUCUUCCUAGGUUUUGGCCUUUCUAGGGAGUUUUUCCUAGCCACCGUGCUUCUACACCUGCAUUGCUUGCUGUUUGGGGUUUUAGGCUGCGUUUCUGUACAGCACUUUGAGAUAUCAGCUGAUGUACAAAGGGUUAUAUAAAUAAAUUAGAUUUGAUUUGAUAAAACAAAUGUAUUUUUGUACCAAUCAAAUCUCAGUCCUGAUGUAUUUUUGCACACGUCAAAUUUCAGUUUUUCGUAAUAUUAUGUCCCCCAUUGAUACUGUACUAUAACAGCUAAGAUGGCACUGUGAUACCCCAAAAGUUAUCUAGUGCAAUGUUGUUACAAGUAGAAAUCUUUAAGAAGUGGAAAUCUGAUAUGCAAAUAAAUCUGUUAUAUUGCACAAUU